GUGUCAUCAACGUUGUGACAUUAACGACAUUAGGUUCUGUAUUCGUAAAGUAUCAAGAAGAUCACAUAUCAGCUGAUUCAAGAUGAGCGGCAAAGUAUCUGGAAUAUCAAGUAGGAUUCUGACUGAUAUCCCAUGUGUCGUUUGUCAGGACCACUCCUCGGGAAAGCACUACGGAAUCUACGCAUGUGAUGGAUGUGCUGGUUUCUUUAAGAGGUCAAUCAGACGCAACAGACAGUACGUAUGCAAAUCGAGAGGUCAGGGUCGCUGCCCCGUGGACAAGACUCACAGAAAUCAGUGCCGCGCGUGCAGGCUUGGGAAAUGUGUGGACGCUGGAAUGAAUAAAGAUG